CCUCAUGUCUGUACCCGACGUAACACCAUCGAUUAAUUACAAGUGUUCAAGACGUGUUUCAAUAAAACCUUUUGACAAUUUUUCCUGUCCUGCAGUCUGUACACACGGAUGCAGAUGGUAGAUAAAGAUAUAAUUCAAAUAUUGGACAAAUACAAUCAAUAUCCAAAUAAUAUUAUGUUGAUAUGAUUGAAACUGAAGCAAUAGUUAUGAGUAGUAGAAGAAGAAUGGUGCUCAAACCACUUUCUGCUCCUGCAGCAAAUUUACAUUGUAAAGAACAGAACUCCUCCAAUGAUGAAAAUAAACAUACUAUGAUUCAAUCACCUGCUACACUCAUUUCUCCAAAAAAUGACAGAAAAAAAAUUUUGUUUCAAGACGCCGCUAUUCUUUCUGAAGCAAUACCUACAGUACAGCGUAAUAAAGUCUUAUUAUCAUGUACAAUUAACAAAGAUUUGUCAGAUUCUGAUGAUUCUGAUUCUGAAGAUUCUACAAUCAAUAAUGUAUCUCUGAAUAAAUCACCAAAGAGCAAAACAAAACUAUAUUAUUCUAUAAUUAUGUUUUUAUGUUGGGCUGCUAUUCAGUACUGGAUGACUGCUGUAGUUGGUUUUGGAGCAGUAUUUUUUGUUAUCUCUGCUCUUAUUGCUAUGUAUUUUAACACAUCAAACUCAAAAAAAAAACAAAAUGUUUUAAGUGCAUACUCUGUGUUUAAUCCUCAAUGUACACCUAUUCAGGGAUCUGUAGAUCCAAAACAAUUGGAACGUGAGCUGCUAUUUGGUUAGGUUAUAUUAAAUCAAUAAAUAUUAUAUUAUACUUUUUCAAUUAUUUAUGGUGUCUAACUUGUUACUAAAAUUUAGAACACAAAUUUUGAUUCAAAUAUUAUUCUAACAUAGUUAUUUGUUUAUACAAUAGGCAUUUUUAAAAGUUUCUGGUGUAGUAUGU